AUGGAAUUAACUGGAAAAUUUAAAAACUGUAUACAUAAAUGGAAUAAAUUUGAAUGUCCAUACUACACGUGUAUUAUUCUUUCACCUUCAAUUGCGACGCCAUACACCUUCAUCAAAAAAAUUAAUGGACAUCAUCUUGAGGCAAAAAGUGACAAAGACGUGAUAGCGGUUAUUUUUAAAAAUUUAUCAGUGACCUCCUUCCCUAAAGGAUUGGGCACAAUUUUUCAAAAUCUGAAAAUUGUUCAAAUUUCUGAUUGUGGACUGAAAUCAAUAACUCAAAGAGAUUUAGACGGAUUGACAAAUAUUGAGACACUCUUCUGUGACCGUAACAAAAUCACUGUGCUUCCUCACAAUUUGUUCAGAGAUAUGAACAAACUAACUCAUAUUUCAUUCUACAAAAAUCACUUGAACUCUACUUCAUCAGAACUUCUCAUGCCAGUUUUGAAAAAUGGUUUAAAAUUAGUAGAUUUUCGUUAUAAUCGUUCCAUAAAUGCUUUUUAUCAAGACUCAACUUUGAAGGUGAAUUAUAAAGUUCCUUUAACCAAGUUAAUAGCUUUGAUGGAUGAGAAAAAAAAAUAUAACAAAACCUCACAAACAAUUAGACAAAGAAAGGAUUUAAACACCGAAGUAUUGAAUCAAUUUUGGACAACUGGCCUUUUCUCGGACAUCACGAUUAUCAGUGACACCGAAAAAUUUAAAGCACACAAAAUUGUUCUAGCUAUGCAGAGUUCAGUUUUUACAUCAAUUUUUGAAGACAUCGAAAAGUAUCAAAAACUUAACGAAAUCCAAAUGAAAGAAAUAAAUUCAGACGUUGUGAAGAUCUUCUUAAAAUUUCUGUACACCGGAGAAUUCCAAGAAGAAGAAGAAGCAGAAAAAAGAAUCAAAUUUUCAACAAAUCUUAAAAUCUAUCAUCUCGCUUGCAAUUACCAUGUGAGUUUUUUAAAAGACAUAGUCGAGGAAAUGAUCAUUGAGAAUCUGAAAGAUGAUGAUAUAAAAAAUGAAGCUUUAAAUAUCUGUGAAUCAACGUUUGUUACUACAACAACAAUGUCAGAUGUAUCACUACCGCAAGCUAUGAUCGCUCUGAUUAAUGAUAGAAGGAACUCCAAUAUGCCAUUAAAAAAACGCAAAAUUAAUCAAACUUUAGAUUGA